AUGGAAAUCCCAGCCGAUUUUCCAGAAAUCACACUACUAGAAGUGGACAACACCUUAAAGAAUGUAGAAAACAAAAGUAAAGUCCAAAAUGAUACUCAAACCAAAGACAACCAUAAGGAAACUAAGGAAGAAAACAACAUAAAAGAAAUACCUACCGACUAUCAAGCUAAAACUAAACUAAGGGAGAAACACAAUGAGAACAAUGAAGAAAGAUUAAAUGAAGACAGUCUGAACAAUAAGAAAGAGACACUUAAUCAGGAAAAACAGAGUGAAAAGAAAGAGAGGAGUAACCAGGAAAAUAAGACAGAAAUUGAAAGAACAGAAAGUGAUAAGGAGAAUACGCAGGAAACCAAAAUAAAAGAAAGACAGAGAGCAAAUAAUGAAGAAAUAGUAAGCACUGACUUAGACAAAGAUAACCUUUGUGAGAAGAAAAAGGAAAAGAAAAACAAAGACAAGACAGGACAUAAGGGAAAUAAGGAAAACAAAAAGCACAAAGAGAAACACAGAGAUAGUAAAAAGGAAAAGGGAAAUAAGAAAGAAAGAGAAAAUAGAGACGGAAUGAAAGAUAUAAACACAGGAGACCAAAAAGUAUGUAAAGAAACAGUAAAAAUAAAUGACAAACCGAAAAAUGAUAAGUGCAAAGACCAACAGAAAGGGAAGGAGGAAAAUAGGAACACAGGAAAAGAGGAAGUUAAGGAGAAAACGGACACUCGACAAAUAAUAGUUAAAGAAAACAUAGCAGAAAAAAAAACUAUAGAAUACCUAAAUUACAAAAGCCAGUAA